UCGUGCCGCGAAGUUCCUUCGGUUACCGUCACAGAAAUAAAAUCUCAUGUAGCUGCUUAGUGUUUUAGGACCAUUUUUUUUUACUUUAUAUUGUUCAGAAUUCGGAGCAAAUGAAGCUAUAUCAUACUUAAAGCUUUCUUGAGUUUACACGAAAUGUCCGAGAGCGAAGACGAAACGCGUCAGCGACUAAAGGCCGCCGUACAUUAUACGGUCGGUCGGAUGUGUCACAAAAUCGGUGAGGACCACCGCAGAGAAUUUAGCCGACAAGUCGUAGCGGCGAUAACCGAGACAGCCUUCAGACAAUGUGAUAUAUUUGCUAAAGACUUGGAAGCGUUUGCAAAACAUGCUAAAAGAUGCACUGUGUCAGCAGAGGAUGUCAAACUUUUGGCCCGUCGCAGCACAGCAUUGUCGAUACACAUACAGAGGAAAAGCGAAGAAGUGGAAAAAGAGCAGAAGGCUUUGAAAAUGAAGAAGAAGAGCAAAGACUCUUAAUAGCAUAGAAUAAGACACAGGAAAAUCCUAACGCCUCCCCACUCUUGUCCCAAACAUUCUAAUAAACAUGUCAACAAGAUGGCAAAAAUUUAUUUGUCAUGUUUUAUUUCCUCUAACACAGGGGUCUCAAAAUCCAGUCCUCGGGGGCCGCAUUCCUACAUGUUUUCAAAGUUUCCCUCAUUAAACACACCUGAUUCAAUUAUCAGGCUCCUGCAGAACGUGAGGAUGAACUGAUCAUUUGAAUCAGGUGUGUUUAACGAGGGAAACUUGGAAAACAUGUAGGAAUGCGCCCCCCGAGGACUGGAGUUUGAGACCCCUGCUCUAACACAUGGAUUUACACGGCAUGUUGCAAGUGACUUAAUUCCGAUUUGUGUUUUGCCGUUGGCUGGCGCUUUAGGAUACGUGGGAUGGCAGUGCACUUUAAUUACGCCUACAAAAAUGGGAAUUAGAAGAGCACACACAAUAUGGCGUAAAUAUGCUACAUUAAACAAGCAGUAUUAGACAGUAGAGUAAUGUGGUGGUUUCCCACAGUGAAUUCAAUAGGCUGGGUUGCCCCAACUCACCCUGUUCUCCUCAAUAGGAUCGCUGGUGGGAGACAUUGUCAAACAGAGGAGGGAGGUUGCAAAGAAAUUAGAUUAGGCCCAUGUGAUCCGUCAGUAUAGACAAAACUAUAUUGUAUGUUUGUCACCUGAAAUACACAACAAAUGUAAUCAGAAUUGGCCACUUGGACCUGCAGUGUAAAUCCAUUUAUCUUUGUUGAUGCGUUGGCACCAGCUCUGUAAAAUAGUCGAGUAGGCAUACUAUACUCAUUGUUGACUUUGUAAGCUUUCUACAAAAGCGUAACACCAGUGACCAUUCCACAGACUUGACAGUUAGUCAUCCAAUCACCAUAAGAGUUUGGAAAGAAAAUACCCUUUUAUCCAGGCACUCACAGCAGUACAUGAAAAUCUCCCAUUCAAGCAGAAGGGGGAAAAUAGAGCAGUUUCUCUUUUUGACAAGCUAAGAAAGUGAGCAAAAAGACAGGUACUACCACAUGUCUGAGAAGGCCAUACACUCAAAGUGUUGGAAUUUCCGUCUUCGUCCUUCAGUCGGGGUUCAAAUGGAGACCUCGACCAGCGGAGCCCAAGGUCCCUAGAUGUGUGAAUUGAAUUAGUUUUUUUAAUCCCACGCAAGUAGCAUCAACUUAAUCUAUUAAUUUUAUUAGACACCUCCCUUCAUUUGACAACUUUUGCCACACAAACAUUAAUAGGCGAUAUAAAAAAGGGAGACUCCACGUUCUCACAUCACACUGACAUCCCCACCAGGGGUUUCAUCAGUCUGCGUCAUCCACAUCAAAUACACACCUACAUAUCCGUCUAGGAACAAGGAACAGCACACACCAUACAGCAUUCAACUCUGAUUAUAGAAGCAUUACAAAGAGCACUACACUCCACUACAUUUUCAUGUUGACACAAUUGGUAGAAGUGGAAAAUCUUGCAAAGGUUAAAAAGUGGGGAAACAAAUCUUUUGACAUACUAAUCAAAUAGAUGUCCACAUUGAAGGGGUGAGGUGCUUGUCGCAUCUGCUGGUUCCACUCACACAUUCAUAGAAAAUCAGUCACAUUUUAGGGGGGAGGCUCGUUCACCGCACAGGCAGUCCUCAGUCCGCUCACUCACCAACCGCUCCACUCUUCGCCACAAGCCAUCCGCACUCAGAUUCCCCCCCGCAUCCAAAAAAAUGUCACUUGCGCAGUUCUCGCUCCAAUCAAUAAAAAAAGUGAAAACACACCCACCGUCUCGUGAGAACAUGCGGAGUGAAGCCGUUGUUUGAUGGCAUAGCAUUUACACAGGCAGGAAGAGGGAGAGUGAUAGCGCUUAUCGCCGCUGCGACAAUGCUGCCAUAUCGGAGCUUCCUUGCAGGGAAACGGAAGAGAGGUCAACUGCAGAAGAGAUUUCAAUGAAGGCUUU